AAAGGGGCGGGACGGCGCCUGCGCAGAGCGGCGCGCGGCGGCAAGAUGGCGCAGGACAAAGAGAAAAAGAAGAAAGAAAGCAUCUUGGACCUGUCUAAGUACAUUGAUAAGACCAUCCGAGUGAAGUUCCAGGGUGGCCGGGAAGCCAGUGGCAUCCUGAAAGGCUUUGACCCACUGCUCAACCUGGUGCUGGACGGGACCAUUGAGUACAUGCGAGACCCCGACGACCAGUACAAGCUGACGGAGGACACGCGGCAGCUGGGGCUUGUGGUGUGCCGAGGCACCUCCGUGGUGCUCAUCUGCCCGCAGGACGGCAUGGAGGCCAUCCCCAACCCCUUCGUGCAGCAGCAGGAUACUUAGCGGCCAGCCGGCGGAGGGGCUGGGACCAGGGGCCUCCCUCCCGCAGUGAACUUCCGUUUGGUGUUUUGGUCUUUUUGGUUUUGUUUUGUUCUGUUCUGUUUGUUUUUUUAAUAAAAUUGCCCGCUUGAGCAUCCAGCUCUCCUCCCCCACCCCUUCUGCUUUGUCAC